CAAGUGAAGUAAAUAAUAUAAUUUUUAGUGCUUUAUCUUUACAGAUUGUUAUUUGUGAAAGAAAAUAUUAAUUUAUUUCAGGCAAUUGUAGGAAAAAGUGUUUGGUGGUACCAAAUCAUCCGAAAUUUUAUAUAGACCCAAGCAACUAGCCUAGUUUUAAACUAAUUAAAAAGGUCACAAAUAAUGGCCUCUAAAGCAAAGAAGCCCAGAAAGGCCAACGGCUACAAAAUGCCUCCUCCAAUACCUGCAGGUUUCUCUGUUAAGAAUAGCAGGGAGAAAAACAAAUCCUGGAAACUGGGUACUUCAAUAGGAAAGGGAGGAUUUGGAGAGAUAUAUUGUUGCUCUGCUGUGGAAGAAGGAUCAACCUCAAAAUCCAAAGUCAACCAAACAUACGUCAUGAAAAUAGAACCUCAAGAAAACGGACCUCUUUUUGUGGAAAUGCACUUCUACAUGAAAGCUGCCAAAAAAGAAGACAUCGAAGGCUGGAUGAAAUCCAAAGGUCUUAAGAGACUAGGCAUGCCGUGCUAUGUGGACUCUGGGACGUUUGAGUACAACAAGGAACGCUUCCGUUACAUCGUCAUGGACAGAUAUGGACAAGACUUAUGGUCUAUAUUCCUGGAAAACAAGAAGCUCUUCCCUUGCUCAACAGUUUUACAGAUAGGAUUACAAGUUAUAGACGUGUUGGAGUACAUGCAUGACAAAGGCUACGCCCACUGUGAUGUGAAGGGAGCCAACCUACUACUCGACACCCAGGACCAGGUGUAUCUGGUAGACUUUGGUCUGGCGUCUCGUCUCUCUACGGACUUCAAACCUGACCCCAAGCGAGCCCACGACGGCACCAUAGAGUACACUAGUAGAGAUGCCCACACUGGAGUGAGGACCCGCAGAGGAGACUUGGAGGUGCUUGGAUACAAUUUGCUUCACUGGACAACCUCCGCUUUACCUUGGGAAAACAUCACAGACCCCAAAGUUGUUGAAGAGAAAAAAAAGUCCAUAUUGAGUUCUGGAGCUUCAUCAGUGAAGAAAUCUCUACCUUCGACGCCUCCAGUUAUUGUCAACUUCUUGGACUACGUAAGCAAACUGAAGCCAGAACAAAUCCCUGAUUACAAUCACUGUCGAAAGCUAUUCAAGGACGAGUUGAAAAAACUGGGAGCUUCAGUCAGCGGCAAGUUUGUCUUCAGUACAGCGGAAAAGAAAACUCCAAAGAAAGCAGCGGCAAAGCCCACAAAAGUGACUACAAGAAGAGGACGGAAAGAGAAUGUAGAAGUCAACGCCAAUUCUGCAUCACAAGACGAGGAAGAAGACGAAGAAUUGGUGGAAGGUACGCCAGAAGAACCGAAGAAACGCUCGAGAGCAGUCAAGGCUAAAACCGCACCAAAGGCGAGUUGGAAGGAUUCUGCCACAGCCAAGGCUAGUAAUGUUGUUAAAGCAGGGGAGUAUGUCAGUAUUAAUCCCAAGCCUACGCGAAAGAGGAGGAAUGAAUAAAUUUCUACAUUGUAUCAAUGUGGAUUUUGUUUCCGGUAUGAACACAUUUUAUGUAUCUUUCUUCUUUCUAUGUUCUCAGUUACUAUUUAUAAAUAAUAUAUUAAUAUUUUUUACUCUAUUAUUGAACUUGUAUGUUAAUAUGUUUGCCAAAUUGCGUAAAAAUUAAAAAAAUGUUUUGAUGUUUUUAUUGAAAAUUUGUACUUACAUUGAGUGAUUAUUAUUGUUAGUUCACGCUGUUUUACUGCUUUUUACCAUUGUUUAAUGUUAAUAUUAAUUUAUUUAUUUCAACGUUGAACUUAGUCACAGGUGCAUUCACACCUGGUAUGAUAAUGUGAUUGUAUUUUAUCUGACUUUCAAUUGUGUUUGGUUUAGUUUAACUGUUGUAUUCGAUUUGUAAAUUUGUGAACAGUUAGUGUUUUUCAAACAUUGUGUUGAUUAUUUUCUUAGGCAAGGUAGACUAGCGAUCCAGUGCCUUAAAACUUUUUAUUCAUACUGUAUCUUAUAAUUUACCAUAUUGGUAAAGAAACGUUGAUUGUUUCGCAUUUACUUGAUGUACUUGUUUCAGAUAAGUCCUUUGUCAUUUUGAACUGUGUUCAUAAUUUGCCAUUUUCAUUGUAUGAAUUCAACACAUUCCAGUUGACUCC